AUGGCACUGGAGCCUACAACGCCCCCUGAGGAUGGCAUGGCCAAGCAACCGGUGAACCCAAGUAUCCCAGAGCUCAAAGAAUAUGCCCAAGUGGCUGAAUGUCCCUACACGACUCCAAUAAUUACCUUCAAGGUUAACGACAGCUACUACAACAUUCCACAGAAUUAUCUCCGACCCUUCGAUAGUUUACAAUUCGAUCCACAGUCUGUGCAUGCAUUCUUCUCGGGUGAAGGCUAUCAUCACGAGCUAAAUGUCCACCCAGAAGUUGCCCAUACCUUUGUUCAUUACCUGUACACUGGACAGUAUGAGACACUUGAAACCCAAUUCGAGCCCCCUCAGUCAGUGGAUGACAUCCCCGCAUUAACCAAAGCCCGCGAUAGCAUAGAGUUCGAGCGCGCGGCCUACGUCUAUGAGGCUGCCGUUCAGUACGAGAUCCCGGGGUUAUUAAACAUGGCACAGGCCUUCAUGGCCCGAUUCGCAGAGAGGUUGCCAAUAGCCAACAUUCUGCGUGGCAUAAGAUGUGUAUAUGGCAACCUUCUUGAGCAAUCUUCUGGCUGCAUGUGGCUUGAGGACUUUGUUCGAGAACAAUUGAGUAUCGCAUUCAGCAGCACAGAUGGAAAACUGAGACACAUUAUGAAGGAGUAUGAGGUUGGAAAUAGUAAAAGUUUCGAUCAUUUUGUUGUCGACGAAGUUUUGGCACUCUACGAAGAGGAGCAAGACAGAAUACAUCACGUGAAGAGUUUGGCCAAUUCAGGGGAAGAACAUGGGCCUAUGCUUCAAUCUGAGCCUCCCUACGAGCCUGCAUUUGAGCCUGAGCCUGAGCCUGAGCCUGAGAUCAAAGCUCCGGAGAUACCAGACAGUCCCCUCUAUAAAAACUGGCACACACUCUCAUCCAAAGACCGGAAGAAACGUGAGAAAGUUUUGAUUAAGAAUGGACUUCCUAUCCCCGGUAAAGAUUUCGAAUUGCCUGUUCCGAAUGAUAAACCUCCUCCAGAGGCAGAACCUGAGCUUCCGGCCGAGCCCGAGCCCGAGCCCGUCCCCAUGUCAAGUUCAUCUUUUGGGUCUUGGGACAUGCCAGUCGCCAGCAAUAAUCGAUUGGUUGACAUUUCCCAACCGGUAUCAUUUGGUUUUGCCAAAUGGGGAGCUUAA